AUGGCGCGACAACCCAAUACGGUUGUUGUGCUACAUCCUGUCAAUAGUAAUAUUGUCACUUUAGAUAUUUGUUUACAGCUCGAUGAUUUUUUGGGUUCCAUCUGGCGAAAGAAUAUGGCUAGAAGUGAAGACGAGGCAGCGGUUACGGCAAUUGAACGGCUUCAGAUUCUACUGGUUCAACAGAAGGGAGAGAAGAAAGGACGACGAGUGACGAGAGACGAGUUACUCAAAGAGGCUCCAUCCAUUAAGGUUUUUGGUUUGGAAGGCGAUGAAGAAGAGGUGGAAGGGCAAGCAACAUCUGCAGCCCCAAUAACCCUGAAGCCUUUAGAUGCAUCUGUACCUAACAGCGUAUUCUGGAAGCGGGCCAAACACAUGUUAAUAGGUUUGACUACUGUGAAUGUUAAAUACAACGUCCCCACCAUAACAUCUAUUGUCCCACCCUCUGCGCUUUAUGUGGGAGUACCGGCUGUUUGCUCCGGCGUGACUACAUUGUUUGCACCAGAGAUUAGCAUUCAAUAUGAAUGGUGUUUAUGUGCCACCGAUGCAAGCGAGCACGCCACUGUACGCGUCAUUUCCACGGAUGCUGUUUUUACUCCCUUGGAGGAGCAUGUAGAGAAGUCUUUGCUACUGCGUGUAUCUCCUGAGGGAGACUCUGGACUUUGGACGCAGGUUGAGUUACCCCUUGUCCGUGCUGCAUUGCCUCCUGUGGAUCGGUGGAAACACACUGUGCAGCCAACAGAGGCACCUGUUUUUAGGGUGGUAACCUACAAUGUCCUUCACGAUGAGUUUUGUAGUACAAACACAGCGAAAAGACGUAUUUACCCUUUUGCGACCGACGACAUCUUGUCAUUGGAGUAUCGUCAAGUGCGCAUUGUACAAGAACUUCUCGCAUACAAGGCCGAUGUGAUUUGUCUGCAGGAAUGUGGGAAGAAAGUGUACCAACAAUUCUUUGAACGUGUCUUACGUCACUGUGGUUAUGAUGGGCGUUAUACUAACAAGAGUGGUGGUGUAAAAGAGGGUUGUGCAUGCUUCUGGAGGCGAACUCGUUUUUGUAUGGAUGAAGCACUUGAUUUCCCAUUGAACUGGCUUACCCUGCAGGAGGAUCACCCAGAAUUGGCGGCACGUGUGUCACUUUACCCUGAAUUUCGGGAGGCACUUGAGCACGUCACCUCCAUUGGGGCCUUGAUUCUAUUGAAAGACCUUCAUACCCAGGAAGAACUACUAGUUGGUAACACGCACCUCUUUUAUCACGCCAACGCAUGCCAUAUACGUUUGUUGCAGGCAUACAUGUUGUUACAGAAACUGAACAAUUUUGCUGCGUCGCGGCCUUGUGUGCUACUCUGUGGGGAUUUUAACUUUACUCACACAACGGGCGGCUACAAACUUCUUACCAGCGGUCAGACAGAGGCGGAACAUCAUUCCUGGAAGAAGGGGGAACUUUUCUAUUGGGGGUGUGAUCGCAUGCUGAGUGUCAGUACAGAAGAAACCGAGGAGAGCGAAAAGGUGGCGUCAUCAGCGGUGCCGGCGACUGAGCAAGUCAAGCACCAGACGCCACUCGAGGCCUUCCGAGAGACCCUUAAGGCACCAUUGCAGCUGAAGGAUGCGUAUAGCGAGACAGGUGAAAACAUGCCCUGGUCAAAUUACACCAUGACAUUUCGUGAAGUCAUUGAUUACAUAUUUUUUGCGCCAACACGUCUUUCCGUGUUGCGCACUGUCCCCAUUCCACCAGAGAGCGAGUUGUCGGAGAAUGUUGCGUUACCCAACAAGCGGUAUCCAUCGGAUCAUCUCGCGUUAAUUGCGGACUUUAUGUACACUUCUCAUCCUUCACCGUCGCAGUCGUCGUCUUCGUCGUCGCCUCCGCCGCUGAGCUAA